UUCCUCAGUCACUGCGCCGCUGACAGCUCCUCCUCACUCUCUCUCUCUCUCUCUUGUUGCUCUUUCCACAUUUUUGCUCUCUGACAUUUUCACCGGAAUCUUCACGCACUCCAGGUCACAAGCGCUGGGACCAAGCAGCAUAUCCGCAUCUGUCUCCUGGUCACAAAAGAGAUCUGAGAGAUUGCUGUUUACUUUUGAACCAAGAUGUCGCUGAAAGUCCAGACGAGCAACAUUACCAACAAAAAUGACCCCAAGUCUAUCAACUCACGUGUGUUUAUCGGCAACCUGAACACAGCGGUGGUGAAAAAGAGCGACGUAGAGACGAUCUUCUCCAAAUACGGCCGUGUGUUGGGCUGCUCGGUUCAUAAAGGCUAUGCCUUCGUUCAGUACGCUAAUGAGAGACACGCUCGUGGAGCCGUCAUUGGAGAAAAUGGACGUGUGCUUGCCGGACAGACCCUCGAUAUUAACAUGGCAGGUGAACCCAAACCCAGCAGGCCUAAAGGACUAAAGAGAACUGCAGCAACAUUAUACAGCGGUUAUGAUUUUGACUAUGAUUACUACAGAGAUGACUUCUAUGACAGACUGUUUGAGUACCGAGGCAGAGUUUCUCCGGUGCCCCGAGCGGUUCCAGUAAAGCGCCCCCGUGUGGCAGUGCCGGUCGUCCGCAGGGUGAAGUCCUUACCUGUCAAACUCCUGACCAGAUCCACUAUCCUUCCCAACAGCACUGUCAAACACAAGUUGAAAUCAACCGAGCUGCAAGCUAUCAAAUCAGAACUGACACAGAUCAAGUCCAACAUCGACGCGCUGCUGGGACGCCUCGACCAGAUCACAGAGGACAAAUACUGUGCCACAGAGUUGCAGAAGGCAGAUGAAAUGAAGAGCGAAUUGUUCCAGGAUGAGUCCGGCUCAGAGUCAGAAGAACUGCAGCACAGUGAUGUGGAGGAGGGCGAGGAACACACACACGAGGAUUGUGACGAAGACAUGGUACGAGAUGUAUGGACAGAAGCUGGAGAAUUGAGAAACGAAAACAAUCACAUAUCUGAAAUGGAUUCCAUUCUUCAAUAAAAGCAGGGAGUUGGAUAACACUGUCGACUGGAAACUUUUUUAAUACACAGACUCAGCAGGAAGACACUGAAACCAACGGGUGCUGUCAAACUCCAGCAUCAGAUGUCAUUGAGACAGACAGCUAAACAAGCUGUUUGGGGGAGGAUGUCCCCUAAACCAGGAAUCCAUUACAAAAAGGCCACAGUUCCUGAGAACAACAACAACAACACACACGCAACAACAGAAGAGGAUCAGGAGACAUUCUGUAUUCAUGCUCCCCACAAAACACAAUUAACAUGCAUUUUUCUACACAUUUGGGCGCCUCAUAUGUAAAUAACCGUUCCUCCUCCUUUCCUGUCUGUUUGUGCUUUUCCAGAAAUGUUUUUCAUUUUACUUAUAUGCCAGUCGGAAUCAGAAUGGUUGGCUAUUUUUAAUUACGUGCAUAUUUAUUCUGCUUGCACUUUCGAGACUGCAAGAGAUAUUUACAGAUGUAAAUAAACUGAUGACUUGUGAAAUGUC